GUGUCUGCGACCUAGACGUUCAAGCAUGGCCUCAAAAAGUUCAACGGCAAAAAGUGCCAAAAAACGAAAACAUACCUCAGUUGAGACAGAUAAUCCAGUUGAUAUGGAAGAUUGUCAACCCAAAAAGAAGAAGUCAAAAAAGAAAAAGGGAAAGAAAGAUGCCGAUAAAACCCUUGGUAGCUCAUCUGACGUGGAAUCAGCACCUGUACAAAAGUUAUUCAACAGCCAUGAUGACUCGGAGAUCUGGUCAAAUGAUGAGGUGAAGCAACUUCUGGACAAGGUUCAAGAGAUGUACCCAGCAAAUUUAAAAGGACAUGAUGUUUCGUACAGAAGAUCCAUGACCAAGAUUAAUUGGGACACCAUUAUGGUAGAACCUCACUCUCCUGCCCAGUGCAAGGCUAAGUUCACAGACUUGUUACAAAAGGUGAAUUCACUGCGCACCCUUCCAGAGAUGAUUACAGCUGCCAGAAAGGUCAAGCAGGCGGCUUUAUAUGUUGGUGUGAAACCAAAGCUCCCUCCGAGCGUUUUUAUGUUGUACUGCCAAGAUUACAGAGAGAGACACAAGGGAACACACAUACAAGGAAUUGAUUUAGGCAAGGGUUACCGCAGUCUUUCUGAGAAAAAGAAGAAAAAAUUUGAAAGCCAAUACGAAGAACAAAGAGUACAGUACGAAAAACAAAUGGCAGAAUUCAAAUUGAAAAAUCCUGAUAUGUAUCCUGUCAAGACAUAUACACUGAGAAAGGUCGCGGACAAGGUUCCGAAGGUGGUCUACCCCCUCACACUUUAUGUAGAUCACUUGAUGGAGAAGGCAUUAGCGGAAAAUAAAGAUGCAGACAGAACAGAAAUACGAAAUCAUGGGAAAGUAAAAUUUGCCUCACUGAAACCUAAAAAACAGCAGAAGUGGUUGGAAGAAGCAGUUCUUGCUAACAAGGAUUUAGAGGCACGGGUGAAGAUCUACUUGGAGAAAAACCCUGAAAACAAGGUGAAUUCAGUAGUAUUGAUGAGAAAUGCACAGCGAAUUUUGGAAAAAGCAAGAGGAAAGCCAGAGAAACCACAAUCUGCCUUCAAAAUUUUUUCACAACAAAAUGCUUCACAAUUGACUCAUCUGACAACACAACUGCAAAGGAAACAGAAUAUGGAGCAGUGGAAAGCAUUAAGUCUAUCUGAGAGGGUGGAGUACGAAAAACAAGCACUUCAGGACAAGAUGGAUUAUGAAAAAAAAUACAGGCUGUAUGUGCAGAACCUGUCGGCAGACGAGCGCGCAGAAUUAGAAAAGAAAAAGGAGCAGAACAAGAAAAAUGCUGUCAAGUCAACAGAAUUGUACCAGAAGAGAGUGACAGAGUUGGACUUCUCCCCAAAUGGUGAUCACCAUGACUCGGAUGAUGAAAUGUCAGAUGUUAUUCCGGACACUCAGGUUCCAACAAAGAUAAUCCUCAACUCUGCGAAGAAAAACGCUACAAAGUGGUCUCCGACAUCGUCACCCGACCAGGAACAGAUGACCAAAAUAAAAUCGCCCAAGAAGUCAUCACCUAGUAAAUCUAAGAAACCUGUGCUGCCUUCUCCUUCAACAUCGGAUUCGUUGUCUGAGGAUGAUAAAGAACAAUCUCCAUCACCAACAAAACCUAGUGUAUCUAAGAAGGUUGUUCCUUCACCUAAGAAGGUUGUUCCUUCACCUAAGAAGGCUGUUCCUUCACCUAAAAAGGCACAGAAAAGAAAGGCAUCAAGCUCAUCCUCAUCAACUAGUUCAGACAGCAGUGAGGAGGAAACUGUUGCACAACCACCCAAAAAAACAAAAAUAGUAGCGAAAAGAAAGUCAACAUCAUCUUCAUCGUCGUCAUCAUCAGACAGUGAAAACGAGGUUUUAACGCAAAAGCCGGUCGCUAAACAUGGAAAGAAAGGGACACCAUCUGUCCCCGUCACAAAAGAGGCUUCUUCACCAGUGAAGACAAAAAGCCCGGUCAAAACCCCAGCAGCAGCUAAGCCAGACUCGAGCAGCUCGGACUCCAGUGACUCGGGGAGUAGCAGCAGUGAUUCAGAACCGGAGAAGACCGUAAAGAAGGCUUCUUCACCAGUGAAGACAAAAAGCCCGGUCAAAACCCCAGCAGCAGCUAAGCCAGACUCAAGCAGCUCGGACUCCAGUGACUCGGGGAGUAGCAGCAGUGAUUCAGAACCGGAGAAGACCGUAAAGAAGAGCCCAGCAGCUCAGAAGAGUCCCUUCACCACUUCAGCUGUCAAAAAGGUUGUGAGCCAGAGUGAAUCAUCUAGUGACUCGGACAGUGACUCAGAACUGGACACAUAACCUCUCCUCCCACCAUAGGUACUCAUGUUUCUACUAUCUUAAUACUGGAGAACUGAAAAACAGGAGAAAGAUUUCACUGGAAAAAAUGUGCAAUUUCAUAAUUGAUCACCUCCAACAAAUCAAUUGUGAACUUACAUCAACAAGCUAAUAGGAUUACAUGGACUGCUGAAUGUGUUCAAACCAGCGUUGUAUCAUAUACUUCAGUCAUUUCUCAUUUAUUCAUCUGCAGCUAUUGAACAAUUUCGACUGUGUAUACGUAUUUGACAUGAACUCAUUAACUUGUGUUUUUGAAACCUGUACAUGACCUCAUAGACUUCUAUCAUUGUCAAUCAUCGUGAAGAUUUUAGCAUAUUCAGACCACAGUUGUGGAUCUCAACAAUUCAAAAUGAAUUAUUAUGAAAUUUGUUGCGGUCUGAGUGCUUGACAUCAUGGACUGAAGUCCAAAACUGGAAAAAUGGUCAUCAGAGAUUUAGGUCAUUCCCAAAACACAAUAUGGCCUGUUAAAAUGUUCAAACUUUAGUUUUGAAUAUUGUAGACUUAGGGCAGCAUUUAGUAAAAUAUGAAAACAUUUACAACAUUUUGUAAAAUAUGAAAACAUUUAAUUUUUAAUUUGAAACAUACAAUAAAUUUGUUGGUUAUUAUUUCAUACUUGAGAUGUGAUUACCUGGUAUGUAAAUAUAAUUCCAUCAAACUGAUUUUUUUGCAUUUUUGAAAUAAAUGUAUUUUUACACCAACAGGAAGGUGUCUUUAUCCCACUCGUAGUUUGAACUCCUGGAUACUUGCUAGUAUACCUUUUGGUACAGCCGUGUUUGUAAAAUUCCUUUAUUUGCUAGGAUUGAAAGUACUUGACCAGUUCCUGUUUAAUACAAAAUUAGGUUUCACUUUUAUCAGUGAAAAUCACUAUAUAUUUUUUUUUUAUAAACAACUUGGUAUUUUAAACACUUUGUUUCUAGAUGUUUUUCAUGACUCUUGAAAAUGUCUGAACAUGGGACAGAUCACCAAAAAUGUCUGAUAACUUGAAAAAAAUGUUUAACCAUAAGUUGUUUACAAUAGGCAAUAGUAAAAUCCAAAAUUUCCUAUAUUUUUUGUGUAGGAAAUUGAAAGAACAUGAGAAGUGCUUUCAAAAUAAUAUACAAAAAAAUCUUGCAAAUACAAGAAAGUCUAGGGAGUUCCAAAUCCGAUUGAUAAAGCGUUCCACCAGUCUGAAUGCACAUAUUGAUUAUAGUGCAUCUACAAACAGUAUUCCAUACAUUGUGUGUGAUUUUUGUGGCUGAAGUAAUCAUACCAACAGCAGCAUUCAGAUAAUUUCUGGAAAUUGUCAAAUAUGGAACAGAAAAAUAUCCAUGAACAUUAAGUGUUCAAGUGAUAUCUUUCCAAUUCCUGGAUGGUAUAGUAGGCCCCCUUGUGAUGUCAACUACAGUAUAAAUUAAUAAAGGAAAGGAAGUUGUUUUGUAUCAUGUUUUAAUACUUGUAUGGGCAUUUAAAGUGUUUGGGAGUGAAGAAAUGAUGAGAACUCCUGAAUACUUGCUAGUAUACCUUUUGGUACAGCCGUGUUUGUAAAAUUCCUUUAUUUGCUAGGAUUGAAAGCACUUGACCUGUUCCUGUAAAUACCAUGAGAUGUGUAAUGCAAACUUGAAAUCAUAUUGUUAAAAAAGUAUUGUUAAUUAUGGGUAAAAUAUUGUUUUAAAUAUUUGGAAAGAAAACAAAUUGAUCUCAUGUAUGGAAAUAUAUGCCAUCAUGAUUAAAAAGUCAUGAAUUUUAAAGUA